AUGGAGAAAUCCAGGAACUUUUGCAUUGACGCGCUGCUGGCGCACGACACGGAGCAGAGGACGGACAGCGACGGUGCGUCCCCGGGUCUGUACAGCAGGAGUCCCGGGGACAGCCCUCUGUCCACCCGGGGCUCCGAGACCCCCUCCCCGCAUCCACACCCCACCAACUCCCCUCCAGCUCCCCCGGGACUCAUGCACAAAUCCCAGCUCUUCAAUGUGUCCCAGCCGGGCUUCACUGCUCUGCACCAGGGGGGUCUCUUCGGAAUGCACCCGGGCUCCAUGUACCCUCUGGCGGCCUUCGGAGGCCAGCACCCCGCCUUCAUGUACCCGGGCUUCACGCAGCUGAUGGGGCCGUACGCGGAGCAGCACAAGGGGGCCGGCAUGACGGGGACUCUGCCGCUGGAGCCCUGGAUCAGAGCCGGGUUCAUGAUGCCCAGAUUUGGAGAAUAUGGAGUUCCAGGCCAGGCAGGAUUGUUGGGGAAGUGUCGGAGGCCCAGGACAGCGUUCACCAGUCAGCAGCUGCUGCAAUUAGAAAACCAGUUCAAGCUCAACAAGUACCUGUCCAGGCCUAAACGCUUCGAGGUGGCCACUUCACUCAUGCUGACAGAGACUCAGGUUAAGAUCUGGUUCCAGAACAGACGUAUGAAGUGGAAGAGAAGCCGCAAAGCCAAGGAACAAGCAGCCCUGACUUCCCCAAAGACUGAUUCAGAGAGAAAUGAGAUGGAUAUGCACAGUGCAAAGCCUCAGGGGGACUCGCACAGCUCCAGCCUUGAAGAUGAAGAAGAGCUAGAAGGGGAGGAUGAGGAUGAAAAAGAGGAGCUAGAGGUGCUGAGGGCAGGCUCUGCAGGCUUUGUGAGGCACGCCGUGGGAGGAACAGGGAAAUACAGCACUUAUUCACAGGAGGAGCUGGAGGAGGGAGGCCCAAGAAGGAGCAGCGGGGUUUUUCCAUAG